AAAAGGUUUUGGUGAGGUGCUGCCAUUUCUUCCGUCCUCGGUCUCUGCGCCUUUCGCAGAGCUUCCAGCGGCGCUAUGUUGGGCCAGAGCAUCCGGAGGUUCACAACCUCUGCGGUCCGCAGGAGCCACUAUGAGGAGGGUCCUGGGAAGAAUUUGCCAUUUUCAGUGGAAAACAAGUGGCGAUUGCUAGCCACGAUGUGUUUAUACUUUGGAUCUGCAUUUGCUACACCCUUCUUAAUAUUAAGACACCAACU